AGUCGAGGUUGUGGUUGGUGUAAGUGUAGGUACCUGCAUUUAGGUAAGGAUUGCAGAGAGGGAGAUUGUUGGGAUUUGCUGGAUAACGGUAAUUUGGAAGAGUGCCAUUUUCAAUCACGCUUUCCAUAUUUAUGUUUUGUUGGGUAUCUUUUGGCCUUUUUGCUGUUCAUUCGUAAGAAGGUCGCGGAGAUGGAAGCCAUAUUGCAAGGACACAACAAUACCAUGCCAGCUCGGGAAGUUCUUGUUGCACUUGCUGAUAAGUUCAGUGAAUCAGUAGAACGGAAAGGGAAGAUUGCUGUGCAAAUGAAGCAAGUUUGGAAUUGGUUCCAGAAUAGACGAUAUGCUAUCAGAGCAAAGACAUCCAAGGCUCCUGGAAAGUUAGCUGUCUCUCCAGUUGUCCAAAUUGAGUCAACCCCUGUGAGAAAUGUGCCUCAAACUGUAGUUGUUCCUGCUCCCGCACCAGUAGGCUCUGCAAAGGGUGCUCCAGAAAAUCCAUUGUCGGAAUUUGAAGCUAAAUCUGGGAGGGAUGGUGCAUGGUAUGACGUUGCUACCUUUUUAUCGCAUAGAUCUGUGGAAAGUGGUGACCCGGAAGUACUAGUAAGAUUUUCUGGUUUUGGAUCCGAGGAGGACGAGUGGGUUAAUAUACGAAGGAACAUUAGACCUCGUUCUCUACCUUGUGAAUCAUCAGAAUGUGUAGCGGUUCUUCCAGGCGAUCUCAUCUUAUGCUUUCAGGAGGGUAAAGAGCAGGCACUUUACUUUGAUGCCCACGUGCUUGAUACACAACGGAGAAGACAUGAUGUACGAGGUUGUCGAUGCAGGUUUUUGGUUCGUUAUGAUCACGAUCAAUCUGAGGAAAUUGUUCAGUUGAGAAAGAUUUGCCGUCGGCCUGAGACUGAUUACCGGUUGCAACAGCUUCACGCCGUAAAUGAAGCAGCAUCCAUUGAGCCCUCAAAGUCAGGCAUGGAUUCUGUACUGCUCAGUGGUCAGAGGAUAAAUUUCGAAACAUCACAAAAUCCACUUAGCAAGGAUGCAGCCUUGGUUAUACCAAAUGCAAAUCCUCAUAUAAAUGCCCAUGCCCAAACUAGUACUCAGGAAGCAAGGAAUACUGAAACUAACACUGCUCCAACCACAUUCAACUCUGCUAAUCUUGCAGGUAGCUCUGCAUUCUCGAGUGGUAUCGUGACAAACACUGUUUCUGCUGGGUCAGCUGACAAUGUGUCUGAUGGGAAGUUACUUAGUUGAUUAUGUGGGAAAAGUAAAAUUCUCCAUCAGUCUAAUUUUAACAGAACCUAUCAAUUUAAAAUUUUGCCUGACUCGUUUAUUUAGGAUGAGUAAAUACCUAGCGAAGUCUGUUCUUUUUGUCCCAUGUUUCAAAGUUAUAGGUUCUCCAUCCACUUGCUGUGAAUGCUGAAUGUUCUUGACGGAUGAAAAAUGCAGGACUCAUGCCUCGAGUGUAAUAUCAAACAGGUCAGAGGCGUCAUCUCUCCCAUUUUACCUUUCGUUUUCUCUGCUUAGCCAAACAUGGAUCUACACUUACACAAUCCACACUGAUGAUAUAGUUUACUGCUUAAUUUUCCAUA